AUUGCAGUGCUAUAGCAAAGCAUCAACAUGUCUAAGAAACAAGCACAUCCCACUUCAGAUUGGCUUACCGUGAAAUAUGUGGAGCAAAAAUUACAGAUUUACUUUAAGGAAAAGAAUCUAAAAGUUCAGAAAUUGGAUAUAAAACCUGCCACAUCGAAUGGUGAGAAUUUUGCCAGUGUAUUGACACGUAUAAAUGUGGACUACUUUACGGAUAUUCUAAAAAAUGAACCACAACAUGCCACAUUUCUGGUCAAGACCACUCUGGCUGAGAAUGAUCCUGCCUCUCAUUUGCUAAAAGAUUAUGGUAUCUAUGUCAGAGAAAUGAUUAUGUACGAAGAAGUCUUGCCACAAUUGGCCGAACUGCUGAGACGUGAACUUCAUGAUGAGAGGAAACUUUUUGCGGCCACUGUUUGUGUGGAUAGACCCAAGAAUUCCAUAACUUUUGAGGAUUUGGGACUGGAGCAAUAUAAAUUGGUCAAUCGUUUAGACAAAUUAGAUCUGCCCCAUACACAUUUGGUGCUAGAAAAGUUGGCACAAUUUCAUGCAUUGUCCGCUGCACUGAAUGAAAGGAAACCGGGAAUAUUUUCCAAAAAUUAUGAUCGUAACUUUUUUAAUCGACACACACGAGGCUAUCAAUCGGUAUACGAGAACCUAUUGAGAGGACUAUCGAGAUCCCUUGAAUUGGACAAUGAUUUAAAGAAACGUUACCAAUUGAAAAUAAAUAAACUAAUUGAUCGUAUAAUGGAUUAUGGCGAAAAAUCAACGGAUAUCAGAAAAAGUGACUUUGUUACAUUAUUACAUGGUGAUGUGUGGAGCACGAAUCUAAUGUUCAAUUAUAAUGCUCAGGAUGAGCCCAGCAAUUGCAUCUUAAUUGAUUUUCAAUUCUGCGUUUGGAACUCGCCAGCCCUUGAUCUGCAUUAUUUCUUCAAUAGUUCCAUUCAUGAGGAUCUUCGUUUAAACCAUCAAACUGAAUUGGUUCAGUUCUACUAUAACCAUCUGGUUAGGGCUUUGGCCAAACUUAAAUAUAAUGGUUUAAUACCAUCGCUUUUUGAUUUCCAACUGCAGUUUCGGGCACAUUCUUUCAAUGCACUUUAUACCACUUUGAUUUUUGAGCCUGUGAUGCUAUAUAAUGGCCCUGAACUGGCAACAAUUGAAAAAUUGAUGACCAACACGGAGAGCGCAAUAAAAUUGCACGAUUCCCUGUAUCAAAAUGAGACUCUACGAAAGAAACUUCACAUUUGGUUGCCCAUUUUUGAUCAAAUUGGCUUGCUUGAUGAUAUGUAACAAACUUUACAGUAUAAGUAUAUAAAAUAUUGAAUAAUUA